UGCGUUCAUUUUGACAACAUGGCAUCCGAAACGUUACUCGAAACAGUCCGUCCUGCAGCAAACUCCCAGGUUCCAGAGCCAAGAAGCGGGCAUAGAUGUGCAGCUGAUGAUGGAAAUCUGUAUGUUUUUGGAGGUUAUUCUCCACAUAACGAAAAUUACCUUUACCGUGAGUUAUGGCGCUUCAAUAUCGCUACCAAAACAUGGCACUGCGUAAAUACUACCGGUCCCUUUCCGAAUGAGGUAGCCUCAAGUUGUCUUGUCUAUGACAAAGGAAACCUCAUCGUCUUUGGUGGAUCUGGGGUUCCUUUUGGCGAGAGUAAUAGCAAAAAGCUUCACGUGUGCUCUUUGAGGAGACAUCAGUGGUUUGAUCUCACGAAAACUUAUUCUGAUAGAGAAGAAAGUGAUGGGGAAGGUGUUUCACCGAUUGCUGGUUAUGGACAGAGUAUGGUUUUGUCUAGGGACAAGGAAUUGUAUGUUUUUGGUGGUACAACGGGACUAGAAUUCAACUCGUAUUUAUAUCGUUACAGCUUCUCCAAUCACACUUGGGAGUAUGUGAAAAGCCAUAAUCCUCCUGUGCCCCGAUACAGACAUGAGUCUGUUUCCGACGGCGAAAGGUUUUACGUAAUCGGUGGUGGAAUGAGCAAUCGAGACCCCGCAAUUUUCUUCCAGUUGGAGAAAAUUCAGUCCUUUAACUUUGGUUCUAAACAAUGGGAGGAGCAUGUUUGCUAUCCUUCCCGAACUCAUGGUUUUCCUAAGCGUAGAAGAUGUCAUGGUUGUGUAAUUUUUAAUUCAGUUGUGUACAUUUGCGGAGGUUAUGACGGGUCGAACAUUUUUGAUGAUAUAUGGAGCCUUGAUCUAGCGACGUUUCAAUGGAAAAAACACCACAAGGUUCUGCCUUACCCUGUUUACUUUCACUCGGCUGCAGUUACUCCGUCAGGCUACAUGUAUGUGUUUGGAGGUGUGAAGACCAUCAAUUCUAAUGAAGCCACCAGGUCAAAUGAUGUUUUUAGACUUUGUAUAGCUUGGCAGCCUCUUGUGGAAAGAUGCUGGGAAGUUGUCACAAGUUGUCUUGAAGGCAAAAGAAAUUUCCAUACAGAUCUUAAGAAUCUUGGUGUUCCGCACCAUUUCUUAGAGAGGCUGAAAUAAUAUACAUACUUCUUACUAACUUUG